AUGUCUUCUCGUCUCUUCGUUUUUAUUCUGAUAUGUUAUGCGACGGCGGAUAAAAUCGAGGAAUCGGAUUUAGAUGAUUAUAAGUUGUUCACCUGGAAAUGGGAGGAAGUUGAUCAAGUAUAUCUAAUCACAGUGUGGCUUCUUAUAGCGGCACUGGCAAAAAUUUUAUUCAACCUAAUGAAACCAAUAUCCAAGUGGCUACCAGACUCCUCAUUGCUCAUUAUAAUUGGGUUGGCACUCGGAUGGGUACUCCAUCAAACCACACUUAUCGGAACCUCCCUAGAUUCUCACACAUUCUUCCUCUAUCUUCUACCACCUAUCAUUUUCGACGCGGGUUAUUUCAUGCCUAACAGAGCUUUAUUCGAAAAUCUAGACUCUAUACUGGUCUUCUCAGUAUUUGGAACACUUUGGAAUACAUUCGCUAUCGGAGGUUCACUUCUACUCAUGUCUCAUUAUGAUCUAUUCACUAUGUCUUUCACAACUUUCGAAAUUUUUAUCUUCUCUUCUCUCAUCUCCGCAGUGGACCCCGUUGCAGUUAUAGCUAUUUUCGAGGAGAUUCAUGUAAAUGAGUUCCUUUUUAUUAAUGUAUUCGGAGAAGCACUUUUCAAUGAUGGUGUCACUGUAGUGCUCUAUCAAAUGUUCAAAAGUUUCGCAUUAAUUGGAUCUGAAAAUUUGUCGGCGUUGGAUUAUGCAAAAGGAGGAUUGUCGUUUUUCAUAGUGGCUCUGGGUGGAGCAGUGAUUGGUGUCAUUUUUGCGGUUGCAGUUAGUCUGACAACAAAGUACACAUAUGACGUGAGGAUUUUGGCUCCUGUUUUCAUAUUCGUGCUCCCUUACAUGGCAUACCUGACUGCUGAGAUGUUGUCCUUGUCUUCGAUUAUUGGCAUCGCCGUCUGCGGAAUGCUUAUGAAACAAUACAUCAAAGGAAACAUCACCCCAGCCGCCGCCAACUCAGUCAAAUACUUCAUCAAAAUGCUCGCUCAAUCCGCCGAAACCGUCAUUUUCAUGUUUCUCGGUCUCUCCACAAUCACAUCUCAACAUCACUUUGAUCUCAACUUUAUUAUCGCUACCGUAUUUUUCUGUCUGCUAUACAGAGCUAUCGGAAUAAUUGUUCAAUGCUUCAUUUUGAACCGAUUCCGCGCGAAAAAGUUCGAGGUGGUGGAUCAGUUCGUCUUGUCUUAUGGAGGACUCCGUGGCGCCAUUGCUUAUGGUCUCGUUGUCUCUAUUCCAGCAUCAAUCACUGCUAAACCAAUGUUUGUCACUGCGACAAUUGCAGUGAUCUACUUUACAGUGUUCCUUCAAGGAAUCACGGUUAGACCACUAGUGAAUUGGCUGAAAGUGAAGAAGAGAGAAGAGAGAGAUGCUACAAUGGUGGAGAGUGUCUACAAUAAAUAUCUGGAUUAUAUGAUGUCAGGAGUUGAGGAUAUUGCAGGGAAGAAGGGGCCGUAUACCCUUAUUGAAAAUUUCGAAAGAUUCAAUGCGAAACGAAUCAAGCCGAUCUUGAUGAGACAUCAGAAGAAGGAGAGUUUCGACGCUUCGAAAAUCAUCAGGGCGUACGAGAAAAUCACGCUGGAAGACGCAAUACGGCUAGCCAGUAUUAAGACUACUAUUCAGAGCGGAAGACUGGAAAGCACUGUGGCAGUACACAGCUCAUCAAAUCAGAAAACAGUGACACCCCGGCAUUUACAAUUGGAAAAGUUUAUGAACUCUGGAGAGAAUAUUGAUUCUCUUUACUCGCUGUUUAGUGACUUGUUGGAUAGAAAGUUGCUUGAAAUGAACACGAAAAGUCCGGCGAGUGAAGUGAAGGGUGAUGGAGAAGACAUUCAGGAUGAUUAUAUGACUGAAGUGAAAUCCCGGUCCAACUUGGCAGCCAUGUUCCGAAGUGCCGAACAACUGGACUCUGACACUGCUUACAAUCGGCAGAGAAGACAAUCAGCCGGGGAUUUAGAUGCGAAAAAGAAGAAUGAUUUUUUGAGAGUCUAA